AUGUAUUGUAUUGCAGACGUCUGUAUCGUUCCUGUUGGGACUAGUGAAGUGAGUGGGUCAUCUUUUAUUGCAGGUGUGGAAAAGAAAAUACAAGAAAGUUCGUUGAAGAGCACACUUCACAGUGCAGGAACUACCAUUGAGGGUCCAUGGAAAGAUGUGACAAAUCUUAUAGGUGAGUUACAUGAAUACUCUCACUCACAAGGUGUUAUGAGGGUCCAUUCGGAUAUAAGGAUAGGAACUCGUAUAGAUAAGGAACAAACUGCACAAGACAAAGUAGAUGUUGUACUGACUAAGUUGCAACAAAAAGGAAUUUAA